GGCUGCGGGGGCUGCGGCGCCAGAGGAGGCGCGCCGAGCCGUGCGCCCCGCGAGCUGCAGCGGCCGCUGCGAGGAGCCUGGGGGACCUCCACUCGUGCGCCUCGCCCAGGAGCCAUGCAUUGCGAGGUGGCCGAGGUACUUUCAGACAAGAGGCCCAAGGAGGCCCCCGGUGUCCCAGGCCCUGGUCUUGGAGCGCACAUGGCCUUCAGGGUCACGGUGAGUGGCGGUGGCUGCAUUGAUGGAGGCCCGCGGGACUUGCUACCUCGGCUGCCUAUGCCACCCCAGCGCACCCACGACCUCCUCAGGCCCCGAAGUCCCCGAGACUACAGCUCAUCCAAGGCUGCCUUCGCUGGAAAGGUGAAUGGGAGCUAUGGUCACUGCACCCCCGGCUCRGAGAAGGGUCUGCUGGAUCUGGAUCUUGCUGAGGGCCCCAGCCCCACCUGCCACCAGGGACUGUUUCUCCCUGCAGGAAGUCCGCCACCCCGGGGCCGCCCCCCAGCCUGCGAGAGGCUGCUGCAUUUCCCCCACCCUAACAGGUCUCCCAGGCCACAGGCCACGUAUGUGAAUGGCGGCCUCCCAACCACACCACACAUCAAGCAGGAAUCCCUGCCCGAUUACCAGGCCAUGGCCGAAGCCCGCACACCCCUGUUGACUCACUGCCGGGCCCCACCAGCCGCUGGCCUGCACACGGAUCUGGACCUCCCCAGCAGAGGGCUCGCCAACCCUGCACCUUCCUGCUACCUUCUGGGCAGUGAGCCCAGCUCUGGCCUGGGCCYGCAGCCUGAGGCCCACCCUCCCGAGGGCAGCUUGAAGCGCUGCUGCCUCUUGGGCCUGCCCCYGACUUCCUCGGCCUCCUCCUCGCCCUGCACCUCCUCUGACGUCACCCCCAUCAUCCGUUCCUCCCAGACAGCUCUGGUCACCUGCGUAAAUGGACUCCGGAGCCCCCCUCUGUCAGGAGACCUGGGGGGUCCUGCCAAGCGGGCCCGGCCCGGCCCUGUGUCCACUGAGAGCCACGAGGGCAGCUUGCAACUUGAAGCCUGCCGGAAGACGGGCUUUCUGAAGCAGGAGCCUGCGGACGAGUUCUCAGAGCUCUUCGGGCCUCACCAGCAGGGCCUGCCGCCUCCCUACCCUUUGCCUCAGUUGCCAGCUGGCCCGGGCCUUACAGGCCUGGGGCUGGGCCUGGCCAGCAGGAUGGUGGCCGGGCGGCAGGCGUGCCGCUGGGUGGACUGCUGUGCAGCCUACGAGCAGCAGGAGGAGCUGGUGCGGCACAUCGAGAAGAGCCACAUCGACCAGCGCAAGGGUGAGGACUUCACCUGCUUCUGGGCUGGCUGCGUGCGCCGCUACAAGCCCUUCAACGCCCGCUACAAGCUGCUCAUCCAUAUGAGGGUGCACUCGGGUGAGAAGCCCAACAAGUGCAUGUUUGAAGGCUGCAGCAAAGCCUUCUCGCGCCUGGAGAACCUCAAGAUCCACCUGAGGAGCCACACGGGUGAGAAGCCGUACCUGUGUCAGCACCCCGGCUGUCAGAAGGCAUUCAGCAACUCCAGCGACCGCGCCAAGCACCAGCGCACCCACCUCGACACGAAGCCAUAUGCCUGUCAGAUCCCCGGCUGCUCCAAGCGCUACACGGACCCCAGCUCCCUCCGCAAGCAUGUGAAAGCCCACUCAGCCAAAGAGCAGCAGGUGCGGAAGAAGCUGAACGCAGGCCCUAAUGCCGAGGCCGAUGUCCUGAGCGAGUGUCUGGCCCUGCACCAGCUUCACACGUCCACACAGCUGGCUGCCAGUGACGGGAAGGGCAGUCGAGCCCUGGGCCAGGAGCUGCUCCCGGGUGUGUAUCCUGGCUCCGUUGCCCCUCAUAAUGGGCUUGUUCCAGGCAUCCUGCCCCCCACGCAUGAUGUCCCUUCCAGGCACCACCCAUUGGACGUCACCACCAGUUCACACCAUCAUCUGUCCCCUCUACCCACAGCUGACAGUACCAGGGAUGGGUUGGGGCCCAGCCUCCUCUCACCCAUGGUCAGCCCUCUAAAGGGGCUUGGCCCACCACCGCUGCCACCGUCCUCCCAGAGCCAGUCUCCGGGUGGCCAGCCCUUCUCCACGCUUCCCAGCAAGCCGUCCUACCCACCCUUCCAGAGCCCUCCGCCCCCGCCCCUGCCCAGCCCACAAGGCUACCAGGGCAGUUUCCACUCCAUCCAAAAUUGCUUCCCCUAUGGCGACUGCUACCGGACCACAGAGCCUGCAGCUAGUGGGGACGGACUGGCCGGCGAGGCCCACGGUUUUAACCCCCUGCGGCCCAAUGGCUACCCCAGCCUCAGUGCGCCUUUACCUGCCUCAGGCUAUGAGGCCCUGGCCGAGGCCCCGUGCCCCACAGCGCUGCCACUGCAGCCAUCUGAAGACGUGGUGCCCAGCGGCCCCGAGGACUGUGGCUUCUUCCCCAAUGGGGCCUUCGACCACUGCCUGAGUCACAUCCCUUCCAUCUACACGGACACCUGAGGAAGGCCCCGCCCACCAUUCUGCAGAUGCUGCUGCUUCCGCCUGCCGUGGUCUGCCACCCUCCCUGCCCCAGGACAGAGCAGCCAGGUGCCCACGCAGGUGCUGGGUGCUACGGCAGCCAUCCAGCACCCCCCAUGGGGGUGCUGUCUGGGCUCAGAGGUGCCCACCGGGGGUCAUAGCCCUGUGUCAGUCCCUUGAUUGUGUCUUCCUGUUUCUCCUACGGUUUUGAAAUCACAGACCUCGUGUAUAUAAAGUGUACAGACUU